CGUCGGCAAACUGACAACAAGCACAUUGUGUAGGUUAUGUUAAAAAGUGAAUGUUGAUAUUUUAUGUUUAAUUUAGCUGUACGAUGCCUCCUACGAUUCAAAAUGGAACAAAUCCAACAGAGAAAAGACCAGUUAAAGCCCCAGAAAAAAGGUCUGACUUAAUAUGCAAAGUUAAGUAUUGUAAUACUUUGCCAGAUAUACCGUUUGAUUUAAAGUUUAUUUCAUAUCCAUUUGAACAGUCCAGAUUUAUACAGUACAAUCCAACUUCAUUAGAAAGACAAUAUAAGUAUGAAGUUCUUACAGAACAUGAUUUAGGCGUAGGGAUUGACUUGAUCAAUAAAGACAUAUAUGCAGUUGAACCUGGAGCUCAUUUGGAUCCAGCUGAUGAAAAAUUACUUGAGGAAGACAUUUUGACUCCUCAGGAUUCCAAAAGAUCCAGACAUCAUGGGAGAGCAGUGUCAUGGUUGCGCAGAACUGAAUACAUAUCUACUGAACAGACUAGGUUCCAGCCUCAAACGAUGGACAAAGUUGAAGCUAAAGUUGGUUAUAGUAUUAAGAAAAAUCUCAAAAAUGAAACUCUGUAUAUGGACAGAGACUCACAAAUUAAAGCUAUUGAAAAAACCUUUGAGGAUUCUAAGUCAACUAUUGAAAAACAUUACAGCAAACCAAAUGUUACAGCUGUGGAAAUUUUGCCAGUGUAUCCUGAUUUCAAUUUAUGGAAAUAUCCUUGCGCACAAGUUAUAUUUGACUCUGAUCCAGCGCCAGUAGGAAAACAAGUUCCUGCUCAGAUAGAAGAAAUGUCACAAGCAAUGAUCAGAGGUGUGAUGGAUGAAAGUGGAGAACAAUUUGUUGCUUACUUCUUACCAACAGAAGAAACUUUGGAGAAAAGAAGAGAAGAUUUUGCCAACAACAUUGCUUAUCAAGAUGAUGAAGAAUAUGAGUAUAAAAUGGCUCGCGAAUACAAUUGGAAUGUCAAGAGUAAAGCCAGUAAAGGUUACGAAGAAAAUUAUUUCUUUGUUGUUCGGAAGGACGGUAUUUACUACAAUGAACUUGAAACUCGAGUACGUUUAAGCAAAAGAAGACAAAAGGUUGGUCAGCCUGCAAGUAAUACAAGACUGGUUGUUAAACACAGACCUAUGGACGCUAACGAAUUUAGAAUGCAAAGAUAUAGAGAAAAACAGUUGGAACCACCAGGUGAGGAAGAUGAAGAACUGGAAAUGGAACAAGAAGAUAACAAUCAACAGGAUGAAAGUCAGGCAGAAUCUGACCAAGAAAAGGAAGAUAAAGGCAAAGACAGUGAUAAUGACAGGAGCAGCGAUGGCGAAAGAUCCAAAGCAUCGUCGAGAGCAUCAUCAAGAUCUUCCAGAUCUAGAUCGCGGUCUCGUUCUAAGUCAAAGUCACGAUCGAGAUCUAAGUCAGCAUCCCGGUCACGAUCUCGGUCCAGAUCCAAAUCUAGUUCGAGAUCCAGAUCACGUUCAAAAUCUGGAUCAAGGUCUAGAUCCAGGUCGAAAUCUGGUUCCAGAUCGCCGUCAAAGUCUCCGUCGAGGUCUAGGUCUAGGUCUAAAAGUAAAUCGCAAAGUAGGUCACCCUCCAGGUCUAGGUCCAGAUCAAAAUCACAUUCAAGAUCCCGAUCGGGCUCACCGUCAGGUUCGGGAUCUGGGUCAGGCUCUGGUUCAGGGUCUGAGAGUGAGUGAAAUUUUGGUAUUAUGUUUUAACUAUUUUUUUUUUUUUAAUAAAAUAUUAGAUUAU